AUGGAGAAUAAUAAUUCCAUUUCUAUAUUAACGUUGAACAUUCAGGGCUUACGAGCUCUUUCUAAUCGUUCUACCUUAUUUUCCUGGUUGAAUUGCGUGAAAGCGGAUGUUAUAUGCUUACAGGAGACUCAUUCUACUUCGGUGGAUGAAUUUAUUAAUUGGAUACGUUAUGAGUCGGAUCAUGGUAAUAACCUUCAGCGUUACUCUGUUGUUUCGUCACCUGGAUCUGCAAGAAGCUCGGGUGUAGCUAUCCUCUACAAGCCAUCACUUAAGUUGGAAUAUUCUUUUUGCGAUGAUGAGGGUCGUCUCGUGGUUGCUCAUUUGUCUGAUGUUGCUAGUGAGUCAUCUGUUUUUCAAGACGUAAACAUUUAUGGUCCCAAUCGAAAGCAGCUUGGGGAAGCAUUUUUUACAUCUAUUCUGCCUCAAAUGGAUCCCUCCCUUCAUACCAUCUUCUGUGGAGAUUUCAAUACGGUUGUUGAUUCUGACAUGGAUCGUUUGGGCUGUAAUCCUUCCUCAUACUGGUCGUAUAAUUGGCAACAGUCUUUGGCUCUUCUUACUUCUGAUCUGGAUUUGGUUGAUGCGUGGCGCAUUUGUCAUCCUACUGCUCACGAAUAUACUUGGCGUCGUCCAAAUGGUCUUCAAGCUUCAUGUUUGGAUAUGUUUUGGUUAUCUUCAUGUCUCAUGGAGCAUGUACAGCAAGUUGACAUCUUACCUUUCUUCCGUUCUGACCAUUGCUAUGUUUACUUACGUCUAACUAUUCCUUCUAUGCCUAAACGUGGUCCUGGUACCUGGAAGUUCAAUUCUUCUUUGUUAAAAGAUGUCAAUUAUGUUACUCAAAUUACUACAUUUUGGAACGACUGGAAACAAGAAAAAGAUUCUUUUCCUUCUUUGGCUGUUUGGUGGGACGCCGGAAAAAAGCGAAUUAAACAUAUAACGCGGAGUUACUGUUCCAAACGAGCUCGCGCCUGUCGGUUGCGAUGCAGAUCUUUAGAGCAUACAUUAAUACAUCUUGAACGACGGCGAAGUAACGGUGAAGAUGUUGAUGCGUGGAUCACUGAAGCGCGAUCUAACCUUGAACUUGAACAUUUAAGCAUAGCAGACGGCGCAAGAAUCCGUGCUAGAGAACAAUGGGCAGAAGCUGGCGAAACAUCAUCUUCUUAUUUUUUACACCAAGAAAAGUCCAAGGCUGUAAAGAAACUGUUCACUGGUAUAAAGAACGCUCAGGGUGUGGUAGUUCGAUCCGUCUCAGCUAUCAUUCGUGUUUGGUGUAUCUUUUAUGUUCAACUUUUUACUGCUGCUGUCCUUGUUCCAAGCAAUCAAGAUUUUUUUAUCAAUUCUUUAGUCCAUUCCUUGUCCCCAGCCGCAGCCAAUCUUUGUGAUGAUAUUGUUACAGAAGCAGAAUGCUUGAAAGCUCUAUCCAAGAUGAACUCAAACAAAUCUCCUGGUGUGGAUGGCUUAUCAUAUAAAUUUUACUCUUCUUUUUGGUCUGUCCUUGGAGCUGAUCUCGUUGAUGUGUACAAUGAUUGUUUCUCUACUGGCUGUUUAUCUUUUUCCCAACGGACAGGUUUAAUUACCUUACUUUACAAGAAGGGUGAUAAGUUAGACACUAAGAACUGGCGUCCGAUUUCCCUGUUAUGUACAGAUUACAAAAUAUUGGCCAAGGUCCUGACCAAUCGUCUUCUUCUUGUUCUUCCUACCAUUGGUGACCUCGAGCAAGCCUGUGGAGUUCCUGGUCGGUUCUCAAGUGAAAAUGUCCGCGUUCUGAAAGAUAUCAUUGAUUAUGCUAACUGUUCCAACAUUGGUGCUGCUAUUAUAUCUUUGGACCAAGAGAAAGCUUUUGAUCGUGUUGAUUGGAAUUUCAUGUUACGGGUGUUGGAGCAAAUGAAUUUUGGUUCUUCUUUUCGUUCAUGGGUCAAGUUACUGUAUUCGAACAUUUUUUCUUCUGUCAUUGUUAACGACUACAUUAGUGAUUUGUUUCCUGUUACUCGUGGCGUCCGGCAAGGUUGUCCUUUGUCCCCUCUUCUCUACGUAUUAGUCACUGAAACGAUUGCUAGUGCUAUUCGGAAAGAUCCUGCCAUCGAUGGUUUUUUGCUUCCGAAUGGUUUGUGCCCAAAGGUGUUCCAGUACGCUGACGACACAAGUAUCUUGGUGCGUUCAGAUGCCUCUCUUCGUGCACUUUUUUCUCUUUUUGAACGAUACGAGCGUGCCUCUGGUGCUAAAUUAAAUGUGAAGAAAUCACAUGGCCUUUUGAUUGGUUCUUGGAAAGAUCGGACAGAUUUACCUGUUCCUUUGAAUUGGUCGAAUGUCUCUAUUACUGUUCUUGGAUGUCGGAUUGGCAAUGAAGUAUCUGUGGAUUGGGAUAGUCUUAUCGGCAAGUUUCAAGAUCAACUUUGUCUUUGGCAGGGUCGGCAUCUUUCCUUCCGUGGUCGUGCGUUAAUCGCGAAUGUCCUUGGACUUAGUCUUUUCUGGUAUCAUGCCACUGUUUUUGAUGUGCCCACACUAGUUAUUUCACGAAUUAACAAGUUGCUUUUUCCUUUUGUCUGGGGUAAGAAGAGAGAAUGGAUGGCGCGUGCCUCAGUUACUCAACCUCUGGCUGCUGGCGGUCUAGGAGUUGUGGACGUAUCUAGGAAAGUAACAUCCCUCCGUUCUAUUUGGCUUCGUCGAUUUCUAACUGUUACCAAUCCUCACCCUUGGUCCAGUUUCUUUGACUAUCAUGUAUCUUUGGUAUUUAACGAUCAAGAUGUCCUCCAGCUAUUGGCUCGUGAUACUAUUCCUGCAUACCGUGUCAGAAAGUUACCACCCUUUUAUGCUUCCUUGGUGAGAGCUUGGAUUGAUGUAAAAGGCACGAAAGUUGGUCCACUUUGGGUCGUUCCUCGUCCACCCACUUGA